UAAUGCAUUUAUGGAGAACUUUAAUUCUUCAUUCCCCUCAUUCUUUCAUACUUCAAUAUAGAUGUUCAUCAAACUGGAGAAAUGCCAUCCAUGGUGACGGAGAACCUGCCCAGAGAAACAUCUGCAGGAACCUCUACAGACAGCCUGGAUACAUCCUGGAUACCUCUGCCCUCUCACAGCUCUGCCACGCAUCAAACCUCGACUGUUGCUGCCUUGCCUCGCUCUCGCAGCAUGCCAUCACUGAGUUCCACUGCGAAGAGCAAGGAACAUACACAACAAAAGCGAUCUCCGAGUUUACCUGAUAUCACAUUACAGGACAGCUUUGAGAGGUUCACGCCUGAGAUCUCUGAUGAUGGAAACAGUGAAAUCUACAGGUUCCAGUGCAGCAGUCCAGGCCUGUACCAGUGCAGUGUGACAGGCCUGGUGUUUAACAUGGAGGGAGAAGGGGAUGUGACUUACAGGAUCGUCCACUGGGACCGGAGGCUGCUCGCUCAGCAUCACAAGAAGCCUGCAGGACCGCUGUUUGACAUCAGAUGCCAGCAGCAGUCUGUCUGCCAGCUUCAUCUCCCACAUUGUGAGGUCAGAUCUACAGGUGCAUGUCAGUUCUUGUCAGUGGCUCAUGUGACCAACGAGGGCACUGAUUUCAUCCUUCCACAUGAGAUAACAGAAACUCAUAUUGUUAUCAACAUCACUGGAUUUUCUGCAUAUGGUAAUGUCAAGGAUGAAGACUCACCGCCCGAUCCGAUCAGGGCGGCGGUGCUGCUGUUCUACACUCCUCCAGUUGAUCCUGAUCUUAAAUGCUUCCUUUAUGUGUUGUUGGUGCCUAGAACCGUUGUUGUUUCUAGGUUCUGGGAUGUGCAGAACAAAAGGAGAAAAAUAAAUGCAGAUGAGAUGUACAUAGAGACACCACCACACUGUAAACUCCAGCCAAAUCAGGAGUACACACUGUCCACGUCUCCUGAGGAUGAAUCAGUUCUAAUACAACCAAAGAAGGCAGAAUUUGAUGACGAUGUCGAGAACUAUUUGUCUCAUUUUAAAGUGACUUUAGGACAAAUCAGGGGAAAUAUUAAUCUGUCUCUCACAGACAGUAACAGCUCCCUCUGUGUAUGGGAAGGGCAAGUAGAUCUUCCAUCAGCUGCCAUAAGGAAGCCCCAGAGUCAGAGUGUUGUGGGUCUCCCUCCAGACAAACAUUUGUUCUCUAUACGUAAAGCCUUCAUCGACAGAGUAUCAGGACCUGUGCUCCAAAGUCUGCUGGACAGGCUUUUAGAGAAACAGGUGAUAAAUGACUCUGAGAAGGAGGCAGCAGAUGCAAAGCAAAAUAAAAAGGAAAUGGCCAGUUUUGUCAUCGACACGGUGAGGAACAAAGGGGAGCGUGCUAGUUCACAGAUGAUCACAUUUCUCUGUGAGGAAGACAAGUACCUCUCUGAAAGCCUUGGGUUGAUGUGAAAACACAACUAACCAAAUAGUGAUGAAGAUAAAAUGAUAAAUGAAGAACUGACCAUUUAAACUCAAUGGCCGCCCAAAACAUCUCUUGUGCAAUAAUGUGAACAUAUCCUAAUGACCAUAAAAUUUAGAUUGACCAAAGAAUAAAAAUGGGACGAGGUGUCGGUGUUCCUCAGCGCCCAAACUACUGUCAGCACUUCUCCCCUCAGAUAUUCAGCUUGUGAGCGUGUCUGUCCAAAGCACCUUGAUUUCUCAUAGAGGAAACACCGUGAACUCUCAGUGGACCCAACCUUGACUCAUAAUUUGGGUUCUUGUGUCCAGCCUGUGGACUGUAAAAAAAUU